CAACGACCACGAGUUUGGAAGUGUUUUGGCAGAACAUGUGAAUAAAUAUUAUUCAGAAGACAAAGAUAUCCGACGGCCACCGAUGUAUAUGACAGCGAGUUGGUUUACACGUGAAAGAAUUCCCCUUGCAAACAAACAACAUGGCAACAGCUGAUAUGAGUGAGGAUAAUAUACCCUCAGAAUUAAAGGAAAAACUAGCAGCAUUUGACACUUCAUUAUCUGACAUGGAAAAAAUUAUCCGCCCCUGGCUUGAAGUACCUGAAAGUGAGCUACAUGAGAAGCUGUCUCCCCUGGACAAAGCUAAGUUGGAUUUGGUUGGUGCUUACACAAUUAAUUCUUUGUUUUGGAUGUACUUAAAUGUGUGUGGGGAGAAACCUAAGGAGCAUGCAGUGAAACAGGAACUAGAUCGCAUUAAAAGCUAUAUGACCAGAGUGAAAGACGUACAAGACAAAUUGACAAUUAUGCCGCAUAUUGACAAAGACGCAGCCAAACGCUUCCAGAGAAAUGCUCUUUGGCAAGCAGCAAAGAGUCAACAACAGGCAACUGACAAUGUAGAGGGGUCCUCUGGAACAGGUGAACUUGGUCAGAAGGCGGCUGUGCCUAGUGCCUCAUCUGAAGAGUAUAUCUAUAUACCAGAUACUAAAAAGAAGAGGAGACAUAAAAAUGAUACAGAAGCAAAUGGUGAUGACUUGGCUUUAGGAGAAACACAAAAAAAGAAAAAGAAGAAAAAGAAAUAUAAAAAGUGAAAGUAGAUUCUAUUUUGAAAAAAGAUUUCUGGUAUGUUUGGUAUGGUGAGUUGAUUGAAAGGAAAAUGAGUGUAAGUUUUUGAAUCUUGAAAUGUAUUGAUAGAAAGAGUUGUCAAGUAUUGAGAAAUGAAAAAGAUGUUGUGGAAAUACAUACAUAAAAUGUCAUAGUUUGACAAUUUUCCUGUUAUAUAUGUUCAUAGACAAUCCAUGGAAAAUGUAGGAUUUUGGGAAAGAGAUGGCAUGGCCCAAAAAUAGUUUAACUUCUGAAAAUUAUUAUUGUUUUUCUUUUUUAUUCAAUAAAGAAAAAACGCUUC